AUGAUGAACGAUGUUCCGCGGCCGACUGCCGACGCCGCAUCCAAUGGCGGUGGUGUAAGCAGUCCCCAGUCUCGGCGGCCGAGCCUCACCUCUGCUUGGGCCUCCGUCGUUCGCGGAGAUUCCGAGCUGAAUUCCUCUCCUACCGCCGCCUCCGCAGCUGCCGCCGCAGGGACUCCUGGGUCUUCUCCUUCUCCUCCGCCGGUCGAGCAGGCUUCUGCUCCGGAGAACUCUGUGAUUGAGAUUUUGGGCUCGGAAGCGCAGCCCGAGACCCCUGAUGCAAACGGCGACAGCAAUGCCGGCCAACAGAGGAGGCCUGCUUGGAACAGGCCGGUUAACGGCGUCGUUGAGCCCGUUUCUGUUAUGGGUGGAGCUGUUUCCUGGCCUGCUCUUUCUGAAACAACCCGGCCCGUUCCUAGAUCAUCGUCUGAUAGCCCUAGGCCCGUUUCUGAUGGAUUAGCCUCCUCAUCACAGGCUCCUGUAAUAUCCCCACCUCCUCAGAGACCGGCCAAUAUCAAUGCUCAUAGUAAUUUUACUGCAAACCAUCCAUCAACCAGACCAAGGUCAAGAAAUCGCAAUGGUGGUGGUGGAGGGAACUCCUCAGUUAGUGGCCAAUCUCAGCCUGCUUUUAAUCAGCCAUCUUUAACUAUGCCACCGCCUUUUCCUGUAUUUGAAGUACCUUAUGGGAUGGUACCUGCUGUUAUGGAUACUUCUGUUAGAGGCCCAAGGCCAGGUGGCGGUUCUCAGUCUCAUGCUGGCAAUAACCAUUCCAGUCAGAGGAGUAGUAACUCCAGAAGGGGUAAUUAUGGGUCCCGUCCACGUGGGGAUGGACAAUACCACAAUAAUCAUGGAGGCAGGCGGGAUCAAGACCGUCGAGAGAUUCAUCAUCCGCCGCAGUAUGUACCGUCCCCAAUGGGGUACAUGCCGUCUCCUCUGCCUCCUGGCACCGCCCCUUUUAUGGCACCUCCACCAGUGAGAGUUUUUUCUGGACAGAUGGGAUUUGAUGUGGCGUCUCCCUUUAUCUAUGUUCAGCCAAUGCCCCUGGAUUCCUUUAGGGCUAUGCCACUUGUGCCUUCCCCGCCGCCUAUGAUUUUCCCUCCUGCUAAUGAGACUUCUCUAGGGAACAUGAUUAUUAAGCAAAUAGACUUUUACUUCAGUGAUGAUAAUUUGGUCAAAGAUAACUAUUUGAGGUCCAACAUGGAUGAUCAGGGCUGGGUGCCCAUUGCUUUGAUUGCCUCCUUUCGGCGAGUUCAGCAACUGACUAAGGAUAUCCCGGUAAUUUUGGAUUCAUUGAGAUAUUCUACAGUUGUGGAAGUACAGGGUGAGAAAGUGAGAAGACGUAACGAGUGGAGUAAAUGGGUGCACUCAUCUGGUAGACGCAAUUCGGACUCUGGAACUAAUUCCUCGAUCUUGGCACCUGCGGUUGCACUGGCAUCCUCCUUACAGGCGGUUACACUGGAUGAUGCUCCGACUGAUGCAGAUGACAACAUGGAUGCAACAAGGGGAGGUCAAACGAAUGAGUUGACCGGACAGACGGGGCUGGCCAAUGGGGAGAAAGCUGGCGACGAAGUCCGUUCAAAUACUGUAUGA